AUAUACAAUACAACACCAGCAGUGUACGCUCACAAAACAUCUCUAAACGCUUGUAAAGAUCUCCAUCUCCCAUUGAUCCUCCUGAAGUUUUUGUAUUCAACCAUGGCUACCUAUAGUUGGUCAACUGAGAUAUUUUCAUUUUUGGUUCUAACGUUGUUGUCGACAAGCAGUCACACAAUGGUUGCUGGAGCACGCAAUCUUCUCGAAUCAACCUUGUCAAAACCAGAAGUGCCAACACUUCCCAAACCUCAUGAGUUGCCACCAUUGCCGGAAAUCCCUGAAUUGCCCAAGUUUGAGUCGCCUAAGAUCCCUGCACUCCCGAAACCUGAGCUACCUAAGGUCCCUGAACUGUCUAAGCCUGACAUGUCUAAAGUUCCUGAGUUGCCUAAAGUCCCAGAAAGGCUUAAAGUACCCGAGAUAUCUAAGAUCCUUGAAUUGUCUAAGCCCGAGUUGCCUAAAGGACCAGAAUUACUUAAGCCUGAGUUACCUAGUGUACCUAAUAUCCCUAAGGUUCCUGAAUUGCCUAAACCAGAGUUGCCUGAAGUCCCAAAGUUGCCUAAGCCUGAGUUGCCAAAAGUACCAGAAUUGCCUAAACCUGAGUUACCUAAAGUACCUGAGAUCCCUGAAUUGCCUAAUCUCGAGUUGCCUAAAGUAACACAAUUGCCUAAGUCUAAGUUACCAAAAGUACCUGAGAUCCCUAAGGUCCCUGAAUUUCCUAAGCCCGAGUUGCCUAAAGUUCCUGAAUUGUCUAAGCCAGAGUUACCAAAAGCACCUGAGAUUCCUAAGGUCCCUGAAUUUCCUAAGCCCGAGUUGCCUAAAGUUCCUGAAUUGUCUAAGCCAGAGUUACCAAAAGCACCUGAGAUCCCUAAGGUCCCUGAAUUUCCUAAGCCCGAGUUGCCUAAAGUUCCUGAAUUGCCUAAGCCAGAGUUACCAAAAAUACCUGAAAUCCCUAAGGUCCCUGAAUUUCCUAAGCCAGAGUUGCCUAAAGUUCCUGAAGUGCCUAAGCCAGAGUUGUCAAAAGUACCAAAGCUACCUAAGUCUGAGUUACCUAAAGUACCUGAGAUUCCUGAAUUGCCUAAGUCCGAGUUGCCUAAAAUACCGGAGAUUCCUAAGGUCCCUGAAUUCCCAAAAGUUCCUAAAGCAUUUUCAACCACCAAUCCUUGAGUUUGAAUUAUGUCUUUUGCUUACUUGUCCUCAGGUCAUAACUGGAUGUAUUCCAGUGCCUAGUUCAUGUUGUUUGAUGGGUGUGCUAUGAUAUAUGUUAAUUGUCACUUGUGUAUAAUAUGUUGUAGCUACUUGAGUGCAAUUGAGUCGGUUUACUAGUAUUUUGAACCAUACUAUAGAUUAUGUUUAGUUUGAAGUUUUUUAAAUUGUCAAUUGCAUUGAUAUCAUUGCAUACUGAUAGACAUCCUCUCAUGUGUUAAAUGUUGUGAAUUUAAUAAGAUUGUAAUGUCUGAGUAUAAUUCUCUAGA